AACAUAAAGUUUACGAUUUCUAAACGUAAACGUCAAUUUUUCGUACAAGAAUUUUGUGGUUAUGUUUAGCGGUCAUCUAUUUUUUUGAUUAUUUUCUGUGAAAAAUAGCAAUUUUCAACGAUUUCUAGUAUAUGUGCAACUUAAUUAAUAAAAGAUGUGGCCACUUCUAUUUCGAUUUCUGCGCACCAAUGCUCCUUACAUAACAUUGCCAGUAGCGGCCAUUGUCGGUGUCAUAGGAUAUAAUCUAGAAAGCUUACUGUCGGAUAGAUACACACCAUAUAAUAAACCAGUACAAGACCAAAGGCUAGAGAGAUUAACAGACGAAGAGAUUCUAAAAGACCCGACAAACGUUCAGAAACUAAAAUACAAGGAAAAUGUACUGGGGAAAAAUGUGUCGCCAUCAUUACAGAACAACAACAACUAAUCUUGAUUUAGGUUAAUUAUUAUUAUAGUUAAAAGAAAGGUAGAUGGGGGAGGCAAGGUUAGAGAUGGCAAUAGCAAGGGGAAUGCUACUCCGACAAGAAAGCGGCUCUUAAAUUAGCGUAGUCAUUGUUGUUAAGAAAAUAACCAAAUUAAAAAACAAUUUGAAGCCUGAUCAAAAAUAUAAAUAACAUUACCUUCUCUCUAUGGCAGUCUGUUAAAAAUCGCCGCCAUUUUAAAUGUUUCUUAUAUUUACGCGCCAAGAAACAAGUCCCGCGGAUUUUAAUGGUACUACUUGACAAGUCCAACUAGUCAAAUCAGUUACUUUUUAUUGGUGCUAAUUCCUGCAAAUACCAUCUAAUUUUAUUUUAAGUUAUAUCUGUCAUUUUCUUAUCCGCCGAAAAGGAAAGGGACGGGUAAUUGACAAGCAUAAAAUUUAUGGAACACACGUCAAUUUUAAGCACAAAUCUAAACCAACCGUCUAAAAAUUUUACAUCAGUCAAAAACCCGACACAUUCAUUUACUCAUUCUUCCUAAAAUUAAGAGCUGUGAAUCAUCCGUCCCUUUCCUUUUCGACGGAUAUGAAAAUGACGGAUAUAACUUAAAAUAAAAUUAGGCGGUGUUUGCAGGAAUCGGGGCCAUUACCUACGCUUUUUACUAAACGUCAAAACACCAAAUUACUGUUUGUAUAAAAAAUAAACACUGUGACGUCAUAGGAAAACGUUAUAAUACGUCGGACUUAUUACAAUUAUGUUGAUUGAAAUAAAAAGUUAAAUAGAAAAAGGUUUU